CAGUUGUUUAUCAAUCGCGUGCACCGUUGCAUGUGCGUUGCCGCUAAACGCAAUUUACCGACGGCCUUUUUCUGUUACAAUUUUUGAGUUGUUUUCUUUUUUUGAAAUAUUUUUUGUUUGUUCUUGUGAUCUGUGAACGAAAUUUAUUCAAACAAUACAAAUAAUAUUAACAAUAUCGACAGUCGAAACACACGAAUAGCAUCAAGAAAAUAAAACGGUGAAAAAUUAACGUGCUUGUUUUCGAAUUAGCAUCAAAAUAAUUUACAAGCUGCGAAUUAGAAUUGAGCUAAACAAUACAUGUUAUUGGCAUUUAUUAAUGCCUAUCAAUGAAUUAAUUAAUUCAAACACUGAGCUAAUUUCGCGUGUGUUCUGUGUGUGAGUGUUUUUUUUAUUGUGUGAAAUUUGCAUUUGAUUUGCAUAAAAUUGACAUUCAGCGGCUUCGAUUUUUGCUGAAAAACUAAAGCAGAAAGAGCGAUUCCAAAAAACCAUAAACGCCAAGCACUGAAAGUUGUGCUUCUUCAUUUGACUUGCAGCAAUAUGCGCAACAAGUGCAACAACAACAACAACGACGUAUACUGGAAAUUGUCGUAAAAACUGAUUAAAGACGAGCUUGCGAUUGCGGCAACAACAACAGCAUAAACUACAAAAAAAAAAACGAUGUACGAGUUUUUGCUGUUACCCGAGCCAUAAGUAACGAGAGAUUUUAAUUCAAAAAAUCCCUAUAUCCAAAAUAACGAGAAGAGCAAAACAUAUAAUAACGAUUUAACGAGAGAACGAAAUAGAAGAGAGAGAGAGAGAAAUACAGCAAGCAAGCGAACGAAUAGAAACGCAAUUAACGAGUAAAGUGUAACGAGUAACGAGUGACGAGUGAGGCGCCAUGGCAAUGCUCGAGGCGCGGCCUUACAGGCCAUUCAAAUCCAGCGAGGAGUAUCUGGAAGCUAUGAAAGAGGAUCUUGCCGAAUGGCUGAGCACACUGUAUCCCGAUCUCAGGAUCAAUGCGGAAAACUUUAUGGAUCGCCUCGACACGGGCGUCGCCCUUUGCAAGCACGCAAAUUAUGUGCGGCAAGCAGCCGAGGAUUAUUUGGCCCGGCGACAGGCGCGCAACAAAUCAAUGACACGCUCGAUGACUUCCGGAUUAGCUGGCCCCAUCCUCGCCCUGGGCAAUGUCCACUUUCUGCCGACCGCCAAGAGCGGCACCUUCUUCUCCCGCGACAACGUGUCCAACUUCAUAACCUGGUGCAGAAAGAGCCUUAAAAUCAUCGAGUGCCUGCUGUUCGAAACGGACGAUCUGAUAAUGCGCAAGAACGAGAAGCAUGUGAUUCUCUGUCUGCUCGAGGUGGCGCGACGUGGCGCCAAGUUCGGAAUGCUAGCGCCCAUGCUGGUGCAAAUGGAGCGACAAAUCGAUCGUGAAAUUGCCGCCGACAACAAGGCAAAUGGCGUCGGCAUCGGUGUUGGCAACGGCAACGGUAACGGUAAUGGGAUUGGCUGUGGCACGCAGACGAGCAACGGCUGUGCGGAGAGCGGUACACAAACGGAGGCGCCAACUGUUGGCGCCGAGUGUGUGGCCAGCGAAACGGAUCUGUACGACAGCGAUACGGAGAAUGAGGAUGAGAACGACAAGGAUCCGAUGCUGAUGUAUGGACCACAGCCACAGAUCGUUACCAACGAUCUCAAGAGUCUCGAUGAGAUGGUCAGAGAUUUGGUGGAGAAAUGCACGUGCCCCUCACAGUUUCCCAUGGUCCGCGUCUCCGAGGGCAAAUAUCGCAUUGGCGACACCAAAGUGCUCAUCUUUGUGCGCAUCCUGCGAUCCCAUGUGAUGGUGCGUGUGGGCGGCGGUUGGGAUACGUUGUCGCAUUAUCUGGAUAAGCACGAUCCUUGCCGUUGUCGCGCCCAGCAUCGCAGCUCCAUCACCGCUCGUCUGCUGCCCCGCAACAGCAACUCGCAGUCGCCCAAUGGAACCGGAGGAGGAGGAGGAGGCGGCGGCAUCGAACUGCACAAUGCGCAGGUGAUAUACGAACGUUCACCGCAUGCAGCUCGUCGCAUCAUCUCUACAACUUCCCCUGGAAACGCAACUGGAGCUGGAACUGGAACUGGAGCUGGUUCCGCCUCGCCCACAGCUAACACCGGAGUUGGUGUCGUGUCGAAUCUAUCGCCUAGUGCUGGCUUCACAAACAAGCAUCGCAGUCGCAGUCCAACGCCACAGCGCAAGUUCCUCAACCAAACGAGCAACGGAAAUACAAAUGGAAUCGGAAACGGAAUCGGAGGCGGAAUCGGAGGCGGAGGCGCAACAACGGCAGCGACAACAAUGGAGACAUUGCAGGGAUCUCCGAGUCUUGCGAGACGCAGCAUGUCGCCAAGUCAGCGUCGUCUGAUGAGUGACAUGCGCAAGCAGCAGAAACAGAACUCCCAGGAUGUGCCCAAGGAGGAGACAGCAGCUGGAGUUGCAGGCACAACAACAGGCUCGGCAGGAACACAGCCGGAACAGAAUAGCAAAUUCGAGAAUAUCAGCGACAAUGGCAGCGAAAUAAGCGAUGAGGGCUAUCGCAGUCUGGGAGUCAUCCAAUCGAACGCACAGAAGCGCGAGUCGCUCCACAGUCAGGCCUCCAUUGAGGACGCUGAAAGCCAAGCGCGUCUAGAUCAAACGUCGAGCGACUCGCAAAUUUCGCCCACAGAUGACGCUGAGCCUGAGCAAUCAAAGCAACUGCAGCAGCAUCAGCAGCAGCUGGAGGAGCAACCCGAGGAGGGGGAAGAGGAGGACGAGGACGAUGAGCCGGACUACAUCGAUGGUCCGCAAUCUCUGCCUGCGGUGUUGGCACUGCCCAAGCCCAAGCUUAACUCCAAGUUUAAGCCCGCCUAUACUGUCGACAACAAGUUUGCACAGUCGGGUGUCUACAUCACCGACGACGUGAUCACGGUAACCACAGAGCAGGAUCAGGAACAGGAUCAGGAGCCGGAACAGGAGCCAGAGCGGGAACACAUCAAGGUGUCCACCACACAGGCCUCAAGCAAAAUACCACGAUCGCCGCUGGCGCAGCGACGCCGUCGCAGCAGCAUCGAUAACAGCACCUGCAGCGGCGCCGGCGGCAGUCUUCAGGAUCUGAGCACGCGUUCCGGUGUUGCCACCGCCAGCGGGAGCAGCAGUAGCAGCAACAACUUCAGUCGCAAACAGCCCGUGUAUCGCUCGGUGCGACGUCCGCCAACAACAGCAACAGCCACGACAACGGCAGCAAGGGGUAACAAGGCAUCGCAGUUGCCGCUGGUGCGCGAUGUGACGAACACGUGGAGUGGACGCAGUGCAGCGAGUGCUCUGCCCAGCAAGAAGCGUCCCACAAUCAGCAGCGAUACGUUCACGCCGCCAACAACAACAACGUCGCCGUUUGAGCGUAAUGCCAAGACGCGCUCCUCUCAGAUCCUCUACGAUAGCAACGGACGUCGUGUGCGCGGCUGCAGCAGCUCGCUGACCACAUCGCCGGUAAAGAAUCAUGCCUCAUCGCCGCUCGCACAGCAGCUGCUGGAGGCGGCGAGCAGUGCCAAGAACGAUGCCCAGAUACUCGAAAAGAUGAAGACACUGCUCUCGCGUUACGCCGCCGGCAAUCAGCAGCAACACCACAGCAAGGAUGUCAAGGAGCAACAGCAACAACAACAGCAGCAGCCAAGGCCCAGCAGCAAUGGGAAAAAGACCCCGGUGUAUGAGGACUUUACCAGCGCCUGGGUGCACAGCAAUGGCAAUCCGGAGCGUUCCGAGAGCUGCUCACCGCCGGCCAAGGCGCGCUCUAAACGCUCCAGCUCGGCGGCCUCCUCGUGUGGCAGCAAUCAUUCAGCAGGGGCGGCAGCUGCAGCGGCCGUCAUUUCGCCGCGACGGGAACGUGGCAUGUCCAAGAUUCCGGCGCCGGUGCGUCAUCAUACGGAGCUUUAUUAACGGCACGUGCGGACGCCCAGCGUCCGGACAAUUGCGCUCGCCCGUCUGCGGCCAAGGCCCCGGUCGAUGUCGCAGGUCAAUGUGAAACUACUUCCGAGCGUUUUCUGAAAAACCCCCCCAAAAGAGAAGAACAAUAAUGAAACUGGACGAAAGGGGAAUGGGAUUGGGAAUGGGCAUAUGGGGGGUUAGUUAAGGUGUUAUGCUAAUGUUAGGGUCAAGUUGGAAUUGUCCGUCUGUGCGUGCGUGCGUGUGUGUGUGGUUGUGCGUUGAACCGAACCAAAAACCAGAAUACAGUCGAACCGAACCGAACCGAAGCGAAUCAGAUGCAAACGAAGCGAACGGAACCGUUCCAAUGAACCUCAUACACAACAUACGAGAGUAGAUCUAUCUAUAUCCAUGUACAGUAUAGUACCGUAUCUAUCUACACAUAGAUACAUAUAUACAUACAUAUAUUUAAAGCGUAAUCAAUAACAAUGCAAUUAGAACUGCCUCAUCAGGUAUCCACAGAUGGCGCAACAACAAAUCGAAAACAACUACUACUCGCCACUCGUUACUUUCAACCAGUAGUGGGGCACACGUUGGCACACGUCUUCUAAUCACUACGCCUCACUCGUUACUUCUGUUCUUGUAUUAUUUUACUUGCCACUCGUUACUUUCGCAUGUGUGCACUCAUUGCCUUGCUGACCUGUCACUCGUUAUUUUGCAUAUCAAUCAUUUAUUUUGUAACUCCGCUACAUUCCGAUAACUCGCACUCGUUGCAUUUCUUUUCUAUACGCUAACUCGUUUUAUUACUCGCUGCACAUUAUUAUUUGUUGCAUUUGCGAGCUGCGUACUCGCCACUCGUUAACCAGCAUUCGUUGCUUCAUCACUCGCCACUCGCUAGGCGUUGAUCUCGUUGCUAGCGAGCAGUGAAAACUGUUUUUUCUUUUUUGUUUUUUUUUUGGGUACUUUGAUUGUUGUUGCGCCAAGUGAACCAAACAUUUACAAUCCAAAAUUGAGACUUUCAACAAACAAAAUUUUACAAAUUUCCAGCUAUAAUCGAUUUUUUUAAUAGCACUAAGAAGAGAGUGAAACAUUUUAAAAUACAUAUAUAUAUAUUUGAGAAUGCAUAACUGUCGUGAUAGAACUUAGUAGAAUCCCCUCAAGAUCCCCUCAGAUUCCCAUAUAUAAAGGAGAAUGCGUAAUUUUCUAGAAGUUUUAUGAUUAGAAGAAAAAAACACAUACACAGCAAUAUCACACACACACACACACACACACAGACAGAGACAGAGACACGCACAUGAAUGUAGUGUAUAUAGAAGUGGAAAUUCGUAGGACUGAUUGUUGUGCGUGUAUUUGUGUGUGUAGUUGUGUGUGUGUGCGAUGUGUGUGUGUAUAUGUGCGAUGUGUGAGUGUGUGCAAGUGCUUGCUAUUUUCCAGCAUAGUCUUAGAAAAGGAACAUUUAUUUUUAUAUACAAAGCAAGCGAGAGAAAGGGAAAAGCUUUUAACACAAGAAAAUGCGAUUUUACAGCAAAAAAAAAAAAAAAACAAAAGAAAAGAAACGAAGCGGAAAAGAGAAGAGAGUAUCAUAGUACGAUUUGAUAUGGUAUUUAUGGUAUGUUAGUAUAUGCAGUAGUUAGGCAACAAGGUUCCGAUCACAGAGCGUAGAACAAACGAAUUUGGUGCUUUACUUAGGUCAAGGCAAACACACACUUACAACACAGAUAUACAGACACAAUAUCUUUAUCUUUAUUGAUAUCUAAUUCCGAUUUCCCCCCUAAAAAAAAAACAA